AUAAAAUAGUAUUUAUGGGGUGAAACGGAAGUACGAAGAAAACAAAGGAGCUGACCAAGCCAGUCACAUCUGUUUGUAGUGAUGUGAGUGUGGAGAAGAAGCUGUCUACAAGAACCAUAGGUGGAAAUAGUAAACCUGUUGGGAACUCUAGUGGUAACAAGGAUAAACCUUCACUCAAUGGAGGAGCCAAAGAUCCAAAGGUGGGCUUGAGAUCUAUCUUGAAGCCUGAAAGAAAUAGUAUCGAAGAAAGCUCCCACGAAUAUCCCUCUGGUAGAGGAGGCAGAGCUGCCUCUCCUUGAGGAGGUGGUGGAGGAGCUUCUUAUGGAGGUUACUCCUAUUCUGGGGAGGAUCUAGAGGUGGUUGUGGUGGAUGUGGAGGAGACUAAAUGAUUCAUAUAUCCUCCAGGGUUCUCAUAA